UCUCAGACCCAGGGAAGUGUUUUGAAUUUCUGUGCAUGACAGACAUGUGCUGCUGUUCUUCAGGCUACAAGACAUAUUGCAGUAUGGAAGUGUCCUUGACUCUUUCUUCCACACUGUGUUUGUGUUAAUCAUGGACCAUUAUAAGCCUGUGAUGUCAUUUAUGCAUCAAACCCGUCCACUCUCACUGCAGUAUAUAAGCCAGCAUUGAGUCAUGCAGCAAAGCAGUGCUGUUACUCGCUACCUCAUCUUCUUUCAAUACCUCGGGACUAAAUACAGCGGGGUGAUGAAGGCUCCGGGACAUCAGCCUCUACAGGGAGUGCAGAAUCACUUAGAGAAUGCAGUACGGAAGCUGAAGCCUGUAAACGACGUGUCGGUGUCCAUCUCCAGCCGGACGGACACUGGUGUGCACGCGCUCUGUAACUCUGCACAUCUAGACAUCCAGCGCAGAGGAGACAAACCUCCCUUCACUGAACAAGUCCUGACUGACGCCUUAAACUUCUUAUUAAAACCGGAGCCUAUCAGAAUUACAAGAGUCUAUUGCGUACAGAAAGACUUUCACGCGCGCUACCAAGCCGUAUCAAGAACCUACGUCUACCGCUUGGCCACGGGAAUCCGCCGUCACACCGAACUGCCCAUAACAGAGAAGGAUUUGUGCUGGACGUUAGGGGACAUGGAGCUGGAUGUAGAUGCCAUGCGCGAGGCAGGAGCCAUGUUCCAGGGAACGCACGAUUUCAGCACCUUCCGUGCGCUCAGCUCAGACGCUCCGUUCAAGAACCCGGUGAAGACCAUGGAGCUGGUGCAGGUAGACCCGGGCCUGUCCUUCAGCCAGCGUCACUUCCACAGAGAUAUCCAGUUUUGGGAGCUCACCUUUAAAAGUAGGUCCUUUUUAUACAAACAAGUGCGGAGGAUGGUCGGGGCGCUGGUCGCGGUGGGUCGGGGUAAACUGUCCAUCAGACAGGUUCAGGACCUGUUAGACAGCAGGGACAGCAUGGCCUAUCCUCAAAACAUGGCAGCUCCGCCCUACGGCCUCUUUCUGAUCAACGUGGAGUAUAACGACUCGGAUCUGAAGCCUUCCAUAGAGGACACUGACUGCUUGUGAAAGAAAAAAAUAGCAGCACAAAUGGUAACCUGUAAAUAAAGCUUGUAUUUAACAUUAAUAAACGGUGUCAGUGCUUUUUAACAGGUAAAGCUGUUCCUUAAAGUUUUAAAGA